CAAGACACUCCUACUAGUGAGAGCCUAGGAGGAGCAUCGUGGCUCCAUGGAUGUCAGAGCACGUAUAAGAGCCGGGCGCAAUCGCUGCUCGACCAUCAGUGUGUUACUCGUUGAAUCCCUGCCAACAUGUAAGGUCAGAACGAUACGCAUUGCGAACCUUUCGUUAUCCAUCUCCUUCGAGAAUCGAACUCGCAUUUAGUAUUACCCAGCGCAUUCUCGCCCGGCGUUCUCUUAGUACCCACCGCAACCGCAGCCAUGGCUCGCCAACAGCGCCUCGCUAUCGCUUCUCCUAGAAACCCCCGCCGCGUGAGACGGAUACGAAGCGUCGCAGGCGGCCGAACUGGAUCCUCCGUUUCCACCGCCGCCGCGGCGGACGCCUGGACCCAGCGGCAGUGGCGGCGAGAGUGGCGCCGCAAGUGGCGAGUUAGUGGCACCGCCGGCUCCAGCCGCCGAGACGACCCCCACGACUGCCGUGGGAAGAACACUCAACCUUCAAUCCCUGCUCCCCCCCGAGCAAGCUUCAGUGGAGCACUGCACGAGCAAGCUUUGGACGGAAGCAGCGGCGGCGCUGGUUUCGACGGUGCUGGCCGUGAGCCGAGUGGUGGGCAGAGUGGGGGGGAUUUCGACGGCCCGGGCGGCGCAGGAGGGGAAUCCGAUCCUGGACGAAGAGAAUCAAAUCCAAGAAGUGGGAAAUCGAAUCAUCCCGUUCGCUGCACCGACUGUUGCUUCUGGAGUGGAUGCUCGAGUCAACGCCCAUGCUGUAGCGGCUGUAGCGGCUGGAGCGACGACAGCAGCUGUAGCGUCUCCCCUUCAUGUCGCUUCCAAAGAAGAGGCUACUGCUCGAUCCACCUCGGACGCUACGGGUGCUACAACCGCCGCAAGCUCUGGUGGGGAUCUCGCAACAUUCGCUGCUACAUCCGCUACAUCCGCUGCAGCAUCACAUGCUGACUUCGUCAUUCGCUCCGUGGCGCCCUCAGCGGCCGUUUCUCUCCUGGAGGCGCUCAGACGCGCUACAGACGCUGCCACGGCUGUAGCUCCACUGGUCACGUGGCGGGAUGACGAGGACGCUGACGUGGACGAGUGCUGCAGCAGGGAGUUCUGGGCAGCAGUUGCGGCAGAUGAUGGUGUGGCAGCAGGAGACGAGGAUUGGAUCCUGGCCGUCGAUUCCCUUGGGUUAUGGUGGCUCUUUGGACAUCUGGACGGUGCGACUGCCAACAGCGUGACUGCAUGCGAAGAUGAUUUCGGCCCCGGCUUGUGUGCGGACUCACAGCUGGAAACACAAUACGUGACUACAGCGAAUGAUGUUGAAGCGGGUGUGACUGCAACUGCUACGGGUAUUGCGACUGAACUGGAGGGGGCAAAAAAGGUGGCUGAAUGCCCAACUUCUCAUACUGGCGAUGAACUUAUCGAAGACAUCUCCGAAUGCUCACCGUCCCAUUCUUGCAACGAAGAGCGCUACAAAGAGUCCCAGGUUUUCGUGUCCGAGUUUGAGGCCCGGGCGCCCUUCCUGCACUUCUCCCUGUCCGAACAUGCUGCCCGGGUUGCUUCCUCGCCUAAUGCAGGCGGCGCUUCAGUGAUUUCCGAGUCUCUUUCUGUGGAGUAUUUUGUCCGUCAUUUUGGUGCCACUGAUGUCAUAUCCGAGAUGGAGAUUAAGUAUUGUGACAGCAACUGGAAGAAGGUGGACUACAUCUGCAGCUUGUUUGGGCAGCGCUUUGGAGUGUCUGUGACUCGAGCCAUGAUGUACCCUGACCCCGCCCUCUUCGAUUCUCAUCGUGCACGGGCCCUGCUCAGGAAGAAACUACAUGGGCUGGUUGUGGCAUGGUCAGGUGUAUCACCGAUGCACUGCUUCUCUCGAGCCAUUCUCCAUGUGUGGUGCGAGACAUCUCACAUUGCCAACCUGCUGCAGGAGGCAUUCCCAGAGGUUUCAAGCUUAUUGGAUAUGCAAGAAGACGUGCUAAUGGUGCUGACUGUUGCCGAAGGUCACCAAGGUUGGCCUAUCUUCUAUGAAUCGUUGUACAAGGUAUCUGGAAUGCCAAGGGAAGGAGGGGAAUGGUGUUUACGGACACAGCAUGCACAUCACCCUUGGUUCGGGAUAAAUGUGAAGCCUUGUGUAAGGGUUGUGUAAAUAGCGUGUAUAUAUUUUAUUAUUCAAGCCUAACACUUGUU